AUGGCAGAGGUAGACGCUGCUAAGGCCCCGGUGGUGGUGGAAGCCCACCAGGUCGAGACCGUUGGUGUGCCUGCAGAGUACCACCAGCACUCUACCAAAACGCACCUGAACAGCUUUGAGGAAUACAAGACUCUUUAUGAGGAGUCUAUCUCCAGUCCAGAUACCUUCUGGGCGCGGCUGGCGCGGGAAUUAGUGACCUUUGACAAAGACUUCAACACGACGCACAUCGGCUCCUUGAGGGGAGGUGAUAAUGCUUGGUUUGUUGGUGGAAAACUGAAUGCUUCUUACAACUGUGUCGACCGCCAUGCGCUCAAGAAUCCGGAUAAGGUUGCUAUCAUCUAUGAGGCCGAUGAGCCCGGUGAAGGGCGCAGCAUCACUUACGGCGAGCUGCUCAAGCAAGUCUCGAGCUUUGCAUGGACUUUGAAGCAGCAGGGGGUGAAGAAGGGAGAUACGGUGGCUAUCUAUUUGCCUAUGAUUCCAGAGGCUCUGGUUGCCUUCCUUGCUUGUUCUCGCAUCGGUGCUGUGCACUCUGUCGUCUUCGCGGGCUUCUCGUCCGACUCGCUGCGUGACCGUAUCAAUGAUGCCAACUCCAAGGUUGUCAUCACUUCUGAUGAGGGCAAGCGAGGCGGAAAACUCAUUGGAACCAAGAAGAUUGUCGACGAGGCCUUGAAGCAGUGUCCUGGAGUGACUAGCUGCCUCGUGUUCAAGAGGACUGGAGCAGACGUUCCAUGGACUCAAGGACGCGACCUCUGGUGGCACGAGGAGGUUGAGAGGUACCCCAGCUACAUUGCUCCUGAGUCCAUGGAGUCGGAAGAUCCUAUUUUUCUCUUGUACACUUCAGGCUCAACCGGCAAGCCCAAGGGACUGAUGCACACAACUGCUGGUUACCUGGUUGGCGCCGCCGCAACUGGUAAAUACGUCUUUGACAUCCAUGAGGAAGACCGAUUCUUCUGCGGUGGAGACGUUGGCUGGAUUACCGGACAUACCUAUGUUGUCUAUGCUCCACUGCUUCUCGGUGCGACUACAGUCGUUUUCGAGAGUACCCCUGCCUAUCCGAACUUCUCGAGAUACUGGGACGUCAUUGAGAAGAACAAGGUCACGCAGUUCUAUGUUGCACCAACCGCACUAAGACUUCUCAAGCGUGCCGGUGACCAGCAUAUCCACCAUGAGAUGAAGGAUCUUCGAGUAUUGGGAAGUGUUGGUGAGCCAAUUGCAGCUGAGAUCUGGAAAUGGUACUAUGAAGUUGUUGGCAAGAAGAAGGCCCAAGUUGUCGACACAUAUUGGCAAACUGAGACUGGCUCUCACGUCAUUACUCCCCUUGGUGGAAUAACUCCUACCAAGCCUGGGAGCGCCUCACUGCCAUUCUUUGGCAUUGAGCCUGCCAUCGUCAACCCAGUUACCGGCGAAGAAUUGAAGGGUAACGAUGUAGAGGGUGUAUUGGCAUUCAAGCAACCGUGGCCAAGCAUGGCUCGCACGGUGUGGGGUGCCCACAAGCGAUACAUGGACACCUACUUCAACGUUUACCCAGGAUUAUAUUUCACUGGAGACGGUGCUGGCCGAGACCAUGAUGGAUAUUACUGGAUCAGAGGCAGAGUUGACGACGUUGUGAAUGUCUCCGGCCAUCGACUUUCUACCGCUGAAAUAGAAGCUGCUCUCAUCACACACUCUUCCGUUGCCGAGGCUGCCGUCGUUGGUGUACACGAUGAGCUUACUGGCCAGGCAGUCAACGCCUUCGUUGCCCUCAAGACAAGCAACGAAAUCGGCGAGGAGAUCCGCAAGGAGUUGGUACUGCAGGUUCGGAAAUCUAUUGGACCAUUUGCGGCUCCUAAGGCGGUCUAUGUCGUUGAAGACCUACCCAAGACUCGCAGCGGAAAGAUCAUGCGACGUAUUCUCAGGAAGAUCUUGAGCGGCGAGGCCGACAGUUUGGGUGAUAUCUCGACGCUUUCGGAUCCAACCGUGGUUCCCAAAAUCAUUGAGAUGUAUGAAACAACAAAGAAGAAAUGA